CUUAGCCCUCGCUCGAGUCAUGGGCCCUUCAACUUGAGUGUGUUUGGCUUUGAUGACCUCAUCAUUGUGGAUUUUGUUGUCUUGGACAUCAAUGAGGACACAGAAGUGCCCCUUAUACUGGGAAGGCCUUCCCUGGCCACCGCCAAGGCUCUCAUAGAUGUGCAUGAUGGGACCUUAGUUUUGAGGGAUGGCGAGGAGCGAAUAACAUUUUCAAUUACUAAUACUCUCCCUGCUUCUUUACCUUUGCAUGCUGUCUCACCGGGAGCACGAGUCUGUCGUGUAUCCUUCUCUUUCUCCCAUUUUGCAGGAUCCGCCUCCUAUACCUUCGCCGCCACUCCCGUCCACUCCGUCACCGAAAGAACAGAUCAAGGAGGAGUGGCGGCCGAAACUGCAGGCAGCUAAGCCUGCUCGAAAGAAAGCCGGAGACCACUACGAGAUGGUCCCGCUCCCACCUUGGCCAUCCGAGUAUUCACUCGCUUGCAUCCUGUCGGAUGGCCAAGUCGAGUUGGCGAAUGCUGGUGGCCACAUUCGUCGUGUGCAUGGCCACCAUUUGAAGCUGUACCUCAAGAGCGAGGUGGAUCCGCUCUUGAAGGCACCUACUCCUUCACCUCAUUGAGCAUCCACCGACUGGCGUCCAGCUAAAAGACGGUAAAGAAGCGCUUGUGGGGAGGCAACCCACCUAGGUUUGCAUUUUCUUACCUUUUUUCUUUUGAUUUUUUUGUGUUUUUUUGAGUCUUGAGGGGUUGUUCACGAGUUGUAUGUCGUUCUGGAGUGAAAACAGGUCAAUUUCGGAGUUCUGGCAGCCCACACGGCCAGCCCUGAAAGUCACACGGCCGUGUGGAUUUGAGUUUUGGCUGUGUGAGCUCUCGUGAAAUUCCACACGGCCAGUUGUGAUUGUGAUAUGGCCAUGUGGAUAUCCCCCUUGGCCGUGUGAGCUCUCGUCAAAAGUCACACGGCCAAAUGUGCUUUUCGCACGGCCGAGUGGAAAAUCCUCGGCCAGCCCGUGUCGGCCGACACAGGCAAAAGUGCACCUCACACGGCCGUGUGAGCCUGCCCGUGUGGCCGAGCCACGGGCUAUAAAUUCGGCCGACACGG